AUGACUGCAGGCCUGCCAUCAGGGCCUCCCCCGCCAGAGCUCGCAGCAAAGGCCAUCCCAUACCUUGCAGCCCGCGUCGCAGCAGCCUCCGUCGACGGACCCAACGCCCUCAUCCCCGUCCUCAAGCUCACCAUGGCCACGCUGGCAACUGCUCGCCUCGCCGGCACACCCGUCGCUCCUCCACUGUCCCCGCUGCACGCCUUUGCCUCGCUCGCUGCCGAAGACCCCGAAGCCAUCUCCCUCCCGCUCCUGUGCGACGCCCUGCUCGCCUACCCCGCCGAGACAGCGCUGCUGUCGGUGCCCGUCGCGAGGACCGUCGACAUGCUCCCAGAGCUCAUCGGCGCCCUGGUGGAUCGUCUGGGCAAGGAUGCUACACCACGCACCCUCCUGUCCACUUCUCGUCUGCUGCACGCCCUCAUGCGUGCUCACGAUGAGGCCGCGGCGCUCCUCCUCACCAGCGCCGAGACCCUCGUUCCGGCCCUCUCGGCGUGUUACGCUGCAGUCGGCAAGGGCAAGGACGCGACGCGCGCAAAGGCAGAGGCACUCACGUUUGUCCGCGCACUUGCUCACCUCGCUGGUCCCGGAUCCGCCGCCCUCCGCCGCCUUUUUGGUCCACCUACGGGCGGCACCCCGCUCGUGGACGGCGGCCUGGCCGACGACUACGAACUGUUCCACCAGGCGCGUCCCAACGAGAACGCUGCCGCGGCGCUGCGUGACCUGCACGACGACGAGCGUGGUGAUGACCCUCGUCUCGCACCUCUCCUCCAUCUGUUCCCCAACCUCCCCACUCACCUCCUCAUCGAGGCGCUCAGCCACCCGCGAUUCGCGGCUGCGAGCUCGCGGGCCAGUGUCGAGGAGCAGGCGUCGCCCCUCAUAGACGCCAUCCUGGCAGGUACCCUCCCCCCCGAGCUGUCCGAGCUGCGUGCUGCAGCUGCCGCCAUCUCGGCAAGCGGUGCGCCCGACCACGUCGAAGACGACGUCCAGCCCAGCCCUGCCGCUGCCCCCGCAAAGAUUGAGCGCCGGAACGUCUUCAACGACCAGCCUCUCGAUCUCUCGCGUAUCCGUGUCAAGGGCCACAACGACCCCGUGGUCGGUACCGAGAUCCCAGAGCACCUGCGCGAGUCGAUCAAGCGUCUCGUCGUGGCACAGGAGGAAGAGGCCGAAGCGGCCGCGCGCGCCGUUGCCGAAGCCCACGGCACGACGUACCGCCCCGGCCGGACGUUCAUGGCCGCCGAGGACGAGGACGACAUGGACGACGACUUGCCCGCCGCGCGCGUCAAGCUCGCGGACGGCGAGGAGAGCGGCGCCAGCGACGACGACGACGACGACGACAUUGACAGCGACAGCGACGCGUCGGCUUCCGGCGGUCCCUCGCAGGCGCGCACGCCGCGCAACAAUGAGUCCAACCAGGCCCAGGCCCUGCUCGAGAUCGCCUACCUCCGCAACCCGGGCGUGUUCGCGCGCGACGCCACGACCCGCCGCUCGGCGGCGCGCAAGGACCUGCGCGCGGCGACGGGGUGGGACGACGGCCAGCUCGAAGGCUGGAAAAUCAUGCUCGAGCGCAACCCGCACAAGGAGGCCAUCCUGGAACGUCACCAGUGGGCCGCUGCGCCGCCGGCGGCGUCUGGCGGCGGCGGCGGUGCCGGUGGAAAGAAGAAGGAAGGAGGCGGCGGCGGCGGUGGUAGUGGUGGUAAAGGUGGGAACAAUGGUGGUGGAGGAGGCUCGGGCUCGGGCUCGGGAGGCGGCCGCGGUGGAAACAACAACAGCGGCGGGGGACGCGGACGCGGCGGAGCGAGCAAGGGCUCCCGCGGCCACUCGAACGCAGCGAGGACGCGUGGCAAUGACCGCAAGAUGGCGCGCAUGGGCGCGGGGCUGUAG